AUGAUUAGGCAUGGCUUCUUUGACGCCCCAUCGACACUUGACCCGUCCUCGGAGGUCCUGAAGGCCAUGCACGCAUUGUACUGGCGUGGCGGUUUUCUUGGCACCUGCGUCGCGGUGCUGCCACGUGUUUUGGUGACGGCGGGGCACCACUUCAACGCUGUGAAGGAUGACGUGGGCGAUUUCGCCGUGCGCCACCCAGACAUGCCAGAAGCCCGCGUCGAACAUGCGUUGAAGGAUGGGGCCAACGACAUCCUCGUCCUCUGGGUCGACACCGACCUCGAUCACAUCCCCCUGCGUGGUUUUCUCCCCCCUCUCCAGGCGCGUGUCGCCACGGUGUGGCUCUCGACAAAGUGGCCGCACGAGACGAUCGUCUCGCCAGGGGUUGUGAUUGAAAGCACGCUGCUCAGCUGCGUCGCGCGCGGGACGGUGAGCACCAGCGGCUCCAGCGGGGCUCCUGUGAUAGACCACUUUGGGGACCACGUUGUGGGCAUGCACCUCACCUCUAAUACUCGCGAUGGCUCUCGGGUAUCGGGGUUCAUUCCGGCGCGCAAAAUUGUGUCCGUACUUGCGGAAAUGGGUGUCAGCUGCCGUGCGGAUUGA